AGGAGUUCUGAUAGAAGAAGCAACACAUUAAAUACUGGAACGGGUUUGGGACAGACCAAUGGCAUAUUCAGCUGUCCAACAACCAGGUCGGGAAAAUAAUGGUCCCUUCUCUCAGCCCUCAGCUAUCAGACAGCCAAGGGGGAAAAACAACUCCGCCCUCCCUCAAGAUUCAAGCUGUGAGACCCCCCUUGUACCAAUGCCUGUACCCCAAAGACCCUCUGGCUGCCCCCAGGGCCUGGAAUUCCUGACUGAGAUGGAUCAAUUGCUUGUUGCCAAGAAAUGUGAUUGUGUUGAAGUUAUUUUUGGAACAGUCUCCGAGAAAACAUACAAAAUCAAGAACACUGCGGGACAGAAGCUGCUCUACGCUGUGGAGGAAAAUGACUGGUGCACUAUGCAGUGUUUUGCUGGCUUGCGGCCCUUUGUCUUCAGAUUGUCGGAUAACCUUGGGCAGCAGGUCAUGACUCUGACCCGCCCCCUGAACUGUGGUGCCUGCUGUUUCCCCAGCUGCCUACAGGAGCUUGAAGUCCAGUCUCCACCUGGCAACCCGAUUGGAUAUGUUGUUCAAGAUUGGCACCCCUACCUUCCAAAGUUCACCAUUCAGAAUGAGAGGAAAGAGCCGGUUCUAAAGAUUGCGGGACCAUUUUGUUUCUGUAGAUGCUGCCUGGAUGUACAUUUCGAGGUGAUUAGCUUAAAUGAAACGGAGGCAGUUGGCAAGAUCACCAGACAGUGGUUGGACUUUGUGAUCACCUUCCCUGUAAACCUUGAUGUCAAAAUAAAGGCUGUGAUGUUGGGAGCCUGCAUUCUCAUUGACUUCAUGUAUUAUACGGAUAAUCAUCUUUAG